AUGGCUGAAGAAAAGAAGACAUUCGACUGGCUUCCUGAAGGCAUGGAAGCCCUCGCAGACGGAGAAUACGACGCUAUCGUUCUUGGAACUGGCUUGAAAGAGUGCGUCAUUUCCGGUUUGCUUUCGGUCAAGGGAAAGCGCGUCUUGCAAUUGGACCGCAACGGUUACUACGGAGGAGACGGCGCGUCUCUGAACCUAACAAACCUCUUUGAAAAGUUCCAAGCCGGAGCUGCCCCAGACGAUCUCGGAGCCAACAGGGACUACAAUGUCGAUCUCAUUCCCAAAUUCAUCAUGGCGUGUGGAAACUUGACCAAGAUGCUUCUGCACACCAAGGUCACUCGCUAUCUGGACUUCAAAUCAAUCUCUGGUUCCUAUGUCUACAAGGGAGGCAAGAUCCUCAAGGUUCCUGCCACCCCCGAAGAGGCUCUUUCUUCUAGUCUCAUGGGACUCUUUGAAAAGAGACGCUUUCGCAAGUUUCUCAUUUUUGUGGACCAAUACAAACCUGAGAAUCCUGCCACUCACGAGGGUCGCGAUCUUACCAAAAUGACCAUGCGUGAACUAUACACGGACUUUGGGUUGCAGCCAGAUACCCAUCAAUUUAUCAGUCACGCCAUGUGUCUGCAAUUGGACGAAAAGCACAUGGACUUGCCAGCCCUAGCAACCAUUCAAGAAUUGCAAAUCUACAUGUACUCCUUGAGUCGGUAUGGAACUUCUCCUUACAUUUACCCCGUCUACGGUUUGGGAGGACUUCCAGAAGGUUUCUCUCGUAUUUGUGCCAUUCACGGAGGUACCUUUAUGCUCAAUCAAGACAUUGACGAAAUUGUCUUUGGCGAUGACGGCAAGGCGUGUGGUAUUAAGGCUGGAAAUCAAAUGGCCAAGGCUGGCAUGGUCAUUGGUGAUCCAUCCUAUUUCAAACAAGACAAGAUUCGUCCCACGGGAACUGUCGUUAGAUGCAUUUGCCUCUUGAAUCAUCCCAUUCCCGGCACCAACAAUGCCGAAUCCGUACAAGUCGUCAUUCCAGGACCUCAAGUCAACCGUGUCAAUGACGUAUUUGUCUGCUGUAUGGGACAUUCUCUGCAAACGACCGCCCCUGGUAUCUACGUGGCCAUUGUUUCGACUCUGUCCGAAAAGGGCAACCCCGACGAAGAUGUCGCUCCUGGUUUGCAAAUGCUCGGACCCAUUCUCAAGAGGUUUACUGCCGUCAGUACUACCUACGAACCAGUCUCGGAUGGUUCGGCCGAUGCCUGUUUCAUUUCCAAGUCCUUUGAUGGAACUUCGCACUUUGAAGGAGAUUGCGACGAUCUCUUGUCGCUUUAUACUCGUGUGACUGGAGAAAAGUUGGACAUGACUAUCAAUGCCGAUAGUGUCGAAGGUGAUUAUUAA